CAGGUACUUUCGGUUUACCUCGUUACUUUUCAUUUGUAGAAUACUAUGGCGCUAUAUUUAAACAAACAUGUUACAACACAGAUGAGAUAUACACGAUAGAUAAAAGAAAAACACACAUAUUUACACUUUCCUACAGAAUCAUUUCUCUUUAGAAAAAGAUACUAGAAAGAUAUAAAGAUACAAUUAUAAUGCUGAAGAUCUCUUCAUUGGUUGAUUAAGAGAUUGUACGUCAAACAGUAAUUACAGAUUGGUUGGAAAUUUAUGCUAAAAAUAGAUUAAAACAAGAUCAGCCAUUCAUAAUUGAUUGUAUUCAAUUUUGUACAAGAUACAUUAAACAUUGUAGCCAACUGCACAUUGAAGGUUCAAUUAGAAGCAAAAGAUAUAUAAAUCAUGAAAUGCUGAGUUAGGAAUUUCCAGAAAACUUAUUUUGAUGUCAACUAAAAUGAGUACCAAUUCCCUGGUAAAUUACCGGUAUCUUGGGAAAUCUGGCCUGCGAGUAUCUUGUGUAGGCUUAGGAACAUGGGUGACCUUUGGAGGUCAGAUUACGGAUGAGAUGGCUGAAGAGAUUUUGACCUUGGCCUAUGAAAGUGGAAUCAAUUUCUUUGACACAGCUGAGGUGUAUGCAGCGGGAAAGGCAGAAAUCCUGUUGGGAAAAAUUCUGAAAAAGAAAACAUGGAGACGGUCAAGUUAUAUUAUAUCAACAAAACUAUACUGGGGCGGAAAAGCAGAAACAGAAAAGGGUUUGUCAAGAAAACAUAUUAUUGAAGGAUUGAAAUGUUCCUUAGAAAGACUUCAGUUAGAUUAUGUAGAUAUAGUAUUUGCUAACCGACCAGACUCACACACUCCAAUGGAAGAAAUUGUUCGGGCUUUCACAUAUGUUAUAAACCAAGGUUGGGCUAUGUACUGGGGUACAUCACGUUGGUCCCCUACAGAGAUAAUGGAGGCCUAUUCUGUAGCUCGCCAAUUUAACCAGAUCCCCCCAAUAGCUGAGCAAGCUGAAUAUCACUUACUACAGAGAGAGAAAGUAGAACUUCAAAUGCCAGAACUCUAUCAGAAAAUAGGUGUUGGUACGAUAACCUGGUCACCAUUAGCAGGUGGUAUUCUGACAGGGAAAUAUGAUGAUGGUGUACCUAUUUAUUCCAGAGCAGCUUUGAAGGGUUAUUCCUGGUUUAAAGACAAAAUUCUGGGAGAGGAGGGAAGAAGGCAACAGGCCAGGUUAAGAGAGGCAGCCAUUAUAGCAGACAGAUUAGGUUGUUCUAUGUCACAGUUAGCAUUAGCUUGGGUAUUAAAAAAUGAAAAUGUACAGUGUGUAUUACUAGGAGCUUCCACGGUAGAUCAACUUUAUCUUAACAUUCAGGCUUUACAGUAUGUACCUAAAUUGUCAGCAAGUAUUAUGCAAGAGUUAGACAAGAUUUUAGGGAACUCACCAAAACUGAAGAAAGAAAGUAAUAUGAGAAACUGGUUACAAAGGUCAACAAGCAAGCCUUAACUUCCCCAUAUAAAUAGGUAUAUCUUUAGGAAUG